AUGGCGGCACAAGCAACCGAGAGCACGGCGCAACCGACACUUACUCGGAGCGAGCCCCACAGUGAACCCGAACACAGCAACCAGAUGCGCGACCACGAAGGCGACCAGCAGAGCCAGAGACGACAGCCGAGGCCCAAGACCGGGACGGAAGAGAAGAUUGCGAAGGAAACGCCGCCGUUGAACCUGGACGCACCGGCCUCGGGGCUGGAUGUCGCGCAACGGGACCCGGACAAGCACGCAGCGCGGAGGUCGAAACAGACUGCGGUGGCUCGGGCCGAAUACCGGAACGGCUCCGAGCGGUCGCAUCAGCCGCAGAACGAGCACCAGGUCGCGCCGCAGAACCGACAAGUGGACAACAAAAGCAAGGGCGGCGCGCCUUCAGUGCGCCUCGACAUGGAUCUGGACGUCGACAUUGACCUCAAAGCAAAGAUCAAAGGCGACAUCGAAUUAUCCAUAUUGGGCGGCAAGCAGAGCAGGCGAUGA